CGUCAUACAAUUAAACUAAAUUUAUAAUCAAUUCAUUCAGAAGCAUAGACCCAGAAGACCAUGCAUAGAUAAUAUUUACUUUAAAAGGAAAGGAGAGAGGAAGAGGAAAAACCGGCUAUCAAUAUCAUAAUUGGAUAAUAUUAAAAGUUUUGUUCUUUUUGUAAUUUUUGUAGCCCACAACAUUGUUGCUAGUAAAAUAAUACGAAACAUUUUCUGUUCAUUAAGUUUACCUCUUAAAAAAAAACUUAAAAAUUCAAAAAAACAAAAACACAAUUAAAAAGCCAUAGAGAAACCUAUAAAAUAUUUUCUCUAUGAGUGUAACCUAAGAGCUUGGAAGUAUACACUUUAACUUUCGUUUGGAGAUAAAUGUUACCACAAUAACGUAUUUGCUUAACUUACGUGCAGAACUUCACCAGGCAAGGGAAUUAAUUUAAAAAGAAGCUUUAACAUUCCUUCUUUGACAUCCAAGACUUUAUGUAUGCACUGUUCUCAGAUGGUUGUCAAUCAUAAGUAUCAAUUUUCCCGCGAAAUUCUUUUAUUGUUUUAUUUUUAAAAAAAGGAAUUAUAGUUAAUUAAAAUAAAUUCAUUGUUAAAAAAUUGUUUUUGUUUAGUAUGUCGGAAACAGAUAUUUCAGUGGAGGAAAGAAGGCCCAAAAGGCAGAAACGAGAAGGCUCUAAAGCAAAGCUAUUCGAAAAAUUUAAGGAGUUAAAAUGUGGUUCCAGAAACAAAUAUGAGGUGGAAGAGUUGGACAGUGUUUAUGAAACUGUUGAUGAAAAAGAGUACAUUAAACUGGUUCUGGAUCGACAAGAUGAUGAUUGGAUUGUGGAUGAUGAUGGCAGCGGUUAUGUGGAAGAUGGUAGAGAUAUAUUUGAUGAUGAUUUAGAUUCUCAAACUAUUGCACAAGCACGUGCAAGAAAGGGUGCUAAAAAGCGCAAAAAUAUUUCUGAAAAUGCUGGUAAAGGAAAUCUAAAAUACAUGUUGUCCAAUAUGGCCACAAGCAAAAAGAAAGAGGAAGUAAAAAUAGAAGAUGAUGAUAUGCUCUCAGACCUUUUAGAGGAAUUAGAUGAUCCCGGAAGUUCUAACAUGAAAAUCAAACCAAAACCAUUGGCUUUUAUGCCAAGGAAACAAGAAGCUCAAGAUUAUUUAAAAAAAUUUACAUGUCAAAAAGGAAAAAUUAAUAUACCUUUAAAACACCACAUAGUCAAUAGCACCAGUAAAUUUAUUAAUAAUGAUGAGCAAGUUUCCACUACUCUUGUUCAGAGUAAAGAAGAAAGUCUAAAACCAAAAUCACCAACACCCAGUUGUGAAACACUAACAAAAGAUUCUAUUGAAAUUGAAACUUCACAAAACUUCACUACAUUUCAUUCCCCAGAGGACUUAACAAUAAAUGAUUUUUCACAGGAUAGCUUUGAAGAUGAGUUAGAUAUCUCACAAAUAGAAGAUAUUGAGUCACAGGCCGUGGUACAUAAUUCAGAAAAUCAAAAAUCAGAACCCUUGACUAUAGAGUUAAAUCUCUCUGAAUGGACUCAAAAUUCAAUUAAUGAAACUGCAAUGGAUAUUGAAAGCAGUAUUCAGUAUACGAAUAACAUUCCAUUAGUAUCAGAAAAUAACAAAGAGGUGUUCCGUUUUUUUUGGUUGGAUGCGUAUGAAGAUCCUGAGAAGCAGAAAGGAACAGUUUUUCUGUUUGGAAAAACUUACUGUGACAAAGCAAAGUGUUUUGUUAGUUGUUGUGUUGCUGUCAGAAAUAUAUACAGACAAGUUUUUGUUUUACCAAGACCAUUUAAACUGGACAAUGUAGGUCAAGAAACGGAUCAGCCUGUUACAUACAAAGACCUGUACAUGGAAUUUAGCUGUGCAGUCAUGACACCUAUGAGUGUUAAUUCAUUCAAAACUAGAUAUGUGACUAAGAAAUACUCUUUUGAUCCGAGCAUUCCCGUUGAGUCAGACUAUAUGGAGGUUCAAUAUCCGGCAACCGAUCCCAAAAUAAACAUCGAUGACUUAAGCAAACCAAAGACAUUUUCAAAAAUCUUUGGAAUAAACUCAAGCUGCCUCGAGAGGUUGUUGCUCACAAGAAAAAUUAAAGGACCUUGCUGGCUCGAUAUAUCAGACCCAAUUCAAGUGCAAAAUCCUCUAAGUUGGUGCAGGUACGAAGUAAACUGCCCAAGUAUCGUCAAAGUUGAAAAAUCGGAAUGUUCCCUGCCACCACCACCGUUAAUUGUAUCAGCAUUAAAUUUUCGCUACUGUUUGAAUCCGAAAACAAUGCAAAAUGAAAUCGUAAUGCUGUCAUGUGUUACACAAAGCAAGUAUGCAGUUGACAAACAACCUCCAAAUCCUACAUUCAAUCAGCACUUUUGUGUUUUUUCCGCUCCGUGUUGCCAACCGCUUCCCUUGAAUAUUCACGAAGCUUUAAAGAACUAUAAAGGGACCAAAUUACAAAAAAUGGAUAGUGAGAAGGCGCUGAUCAAUUAUUUUAUUACCCAGUUUAGUAAACUAGAUUCAGAUGUGGUAGUGGGUCACGAUAUCUACGGUUAUCAUAUGAAUAUGUUGGCGAAUCGUUUAAUAAAGAAUAACAUCACAACCUUCAACAAGCUGGGUAGGCUAAAGAGAUCCGAGAAGAAAAAACUAGAGCGGGAAUUGUUUUUGGGUCGGUUAGUCUGCGACAUCAAAAUAUCAGCAAAGGAAUUGAUUAAAUCCAGAACAUACGACCUCGAUGCUCUGUGCCAGCAAGUGCUAAAGAUACCGGAGAACCAACGUAUUGAUAUUGAGUUCGAUGAAAUUCCAAAAAUGUAUCAGAAUGCCGACAAUAUACUAAGGCUAAUUAAUUUUACCAUGCAAGAUACCGCAUACGUUCUUAAAAUAAUGUACGAUUUGAACAUAAUUCCCUUAGCUCUUCAAAUUACAAAUAUUGCAGGGAACGUUAUGUCAAAAACACUUCUGGGCGGAAGAUCAGAAAGGAAUGAAUAUCUGCUGCUUCACGCGUUUACCGAGAAAGACUAUAUUGUCCCAGAUAAGCAAUAUAAUAAAAAGAACGAUGCUGUCGAAACCAAGCAUUCAAAGAAAAAACCAACAUAUUCAGGUGGUCUGGUUUUAGACCCCAAAGUUGGCUUCUAUGACAAACUUGUGUUAUUGAUGGAUUUCAAUUCACUGUAUCCUAGUAUAAUACAAGAAUACAAUAUAUGUUUUACGACAUUACCAAUAAUUGAUGAUGAAAAUCUUGCUUUGCCGGAUAAAGACCUACCUUCUGGAAUUUUGCCCAUAGAAAUUAGAAAAUUGGUAGAUAGUAGGAGGCAAGUAAAAAGUUUAAUGAUCAAUCCUGAUUUGUCGCCUGAGCUAAGGAUGCAAUAUCAAAUACGGCAAAUGGCCCUAAAACUGACAGCCAACAGUAUGUACGGAUGUUUGGGAUUUUCAAAUUCAAGGUUUUAUGCAAAAAAUUUGGCGGCGCUUGUAACACAAAAAGGUCGUGAAAUUUUAACAAACACUAAAGAAUUGGUUGAGAAAAUGUGUUUCGAAGUGGUUUAUGGAGAUACGGACAGUAUAAUGAUAAAUACUAAUAUUCUUGACUAUGAUCAAGUAUUUAAAAUUGGAAACAAAAUUAAACAAGAAGUGAAUAAGCUGUAUAAGCAGGUCGAACUCGAUAUUGAUGGCGUAUUUAAGUACCUUCUCCUAUUGAAAAAAAAAAAGUACGCAGCUGUAACGCUAAUAAAAACCAAAACUGGACAGUUAAAGGAAGAGAAGGAAUAUAAAGGAUUAGAUAUUGUAAGAAGGGACUGGUCACAACUUGCUUCUGAAACGGGAAAAUUUGUAUUGGAACAUAUUCUUAGUGAUCAGUCACAAGAUGAUCGAAUAAGCAAUAUACAUAAUUAUUUGGUGAAAAUAAAGCAAGAUAUGGAAGAAGGCAAAGUGCCAUUACCACUGUUGGUAAUAACAAAACAGCUUACUAAAGAUCCUAAUAUGUAUACAGAUAAGAACUCAUUACCUCAUGUGCAAGUGGCAUUAAGAUACAACAAGGAGCAUGGCGGGCAUUUACGAGCAGGGGAUACAGUUCCAUAUGUAAUCUGUGAAGAUGGAAGCGGGAAAGCUGCCACUCAAAGAGCUUAUCACAUUGAAGAACUAAAAACUUCGGAAACUCUAAAAGUUGAUGUCAAUUACUAUCUAUCACAGCAAAUUCACCCCGUGGUUACGCGAAUAUGCGAACCUAUUGACGGAACUGACUCUUAUGAGAUAGCACAGUGCCUAGGUUUGGACUUGGCAUCAUUUAAGAAGCCAAAUCCUACCAUUCAAGGAAUAGGUGAAAAUGUAACCAAACCAGAAGUAAAGUUUAGAAAUGUAGACAAAUUUGUGUUCAAAUGUUUUUGCUGCAAAUGUGAUAAUGUGGUCAGUGGACCCAUGAAUGGAAAUACUCCAGUUUUAGAAACAUGUUCAAAUACUGACUGUAAUUGCAGACCAGUUGAUUAUAUCCAUUUCAUUCAGAAUCAAUUAAAUUUAUCAAUAUCAUCUUAUAUAGCCAGGUACUUUCAAAAUAAAUUAAUAUGUGAAGACCCGGCUUGUCCAAAUGAAACCAAUAGAACGCCGUUGAGAUUUGUUGAGAAAUAUCCAGUCUGUACAUUGUGCCAAAAGGGAAUAAUGUUUCGGGAAUACACCGAGAAAAUGUUGUAUUAUCAACUGUCUUACUUCCUGUACAUAUUUGAUCCUGCCAAGCAUGCAAGAGUUCUUCUACAUGAACAAAUUGAUUAUGGAUAUAGACUACUGCGUGAAAGUGUCGAAAAGUACCUUAAUCAUUCAGGUUAUUCAGUGAUAAAUCUGAGUGAACUUCUUGGAUUCUUGCUAGGUCCAAAAAAGGAAAAUAAAAAUUCAUAUUCUGAAGUGUCUUUUGCAUCUAUGGAAGAAACUGAUCUUGGUACAUCGGAAUAAGUAGAGAAC